AUGCUGCUGAAGACGUCCAUGCGCAGUUGCUUGGUCUUAGAAUGCUUGGUCUUAGAAUUACCAAGGUGUACAGCUAUCACCGUCAUUAAAUCCCACUACGGCCUAGCGAGAGUCCAGCCAUCCGAUGUUGCGGAUUAUUCCAAAGACCAAGAGAUUUUGAAGGAAUGGCGGCCGCCUAGCAUGUCGAUUAUCCACCAUCUUGACAUGGAGGUUUCCGUCUGCGUAACGGCGGCCGAUUUGCAGGGAUCCCGUGCACCAAAGCUUGAGAGCGAACGGCACUGA